ACGCCCCCCUGCUCGCCGGCCGCGUGCGGAGCCGCGCGCCCCGGAGGUUCCCGGACCGUGGCGGCGGGCGGCGGUGGCGGAGCAGCCCUGCGCGGGCCAUGUCUUCUCCGGCCGUGGCGAGGGCGUCCCCGGGCGGGAAUCGGGAGGCGGCCGGAGGACCGCGGAGCCGGAACGGGCCGUGGGAAGUGGGCGGCGGCGGCGGCGGCGGCGAGCGGCUGGAGCGCGCGGGCGCGGAGCCGGGACGCUGGGAGCUGCUGCUCCGCCGGGGCGAGCUGCUGGCGCUGGGCGGCCACCUGAAGGGAGCGCUGGAGGCGUUCGCGGCCGCGCUCCGCCGCGGGGCCCCGGCCAGGCCCGAGCGCCUCGGGUCGCUAGUGGACUGCUUGGUGUUCAGCUACCGGCUCCGCCACGGGCUGCGCUGGAGCGCGACUCCCGCGGCGGGCGCGGCCGGGCUGCUCAGCUGCCUGGGCUGCCGGGGCUUCCUGAGCGAGCCGGUGACCGUGCCGUGCGGCCACAGCUACUGCCGCCGUUGCCUGCGAAGGGAACUACGCGCCCGCUGCCGCCUGUGCCGGGACCGCCUGCCGCCCGCAGCCAACGCCGAGGGGACCCCGCGGCCGCCGCCCCUGGCCGCCGCCAUCGCCGACUUCCGAACCAGUGUCGUGCUCAACCACCUGGCGGAGAAGUGGUUCCCGGGCCAGCGCGAACGCGCGCGGGCGGCCGGCCGCCUUGGGGAGCUGCUCCAUCAAGGGCGCUACCGAGAGGCCCUGGCGGCCGCCUGCGACGCCCUGCGAGCAGAGCCUAGCGACCUGACUCUCAAGAUCUACAGAGCAGAGUCCUAUGCUGGCCUCCAGGAGUUCAAAGCGGCCAUUGAGGAUCUAAACGCGGUUCUCUUUCAGCUUCCCAACUGGCCCGAGGUCUACUUCAGGAAGGGGAAGGUUCUGCAGGACGCGGGGUUCCUGGGCGAUGCUUUACAGCUCUUCCUCCAGUGCUUAGCCCUUGAUGAAGACUUCGCACCCGCAAAGCUACAGGUAGAAAAGAUCUUGUGUGACUUGUUGUCGCCUGACAACUUAAAGGAAGGCCUGAAGGAGUCUUCCUGGAGUUCCCUACCAUGUAGUAAAAACAAACCUUUUGGUUUUCCUGCAGUAAUGGAAGAGCCUCACUCUCCUGGUGAGCUCAGCCUGAAGCAGACGGAGCGGCCAGAGGGGGCCCCAGAGCCUGUCACAGGGAGUUUAAAUCGUGCUCGGUCAGCACAAGCCAUCAAUACCGCAGCAGUGCCUGCCAGAGAAGAUGGUUUAAAACGCGUGUCCUCGGAACCUUUACUGUCCGCUCAGGGAAGAGGUGUCCUGCUGAAAAGGAAGUUGUCUCUCUUAGAGCAGGACAUGCUUAUUAAUGAAGAUGGGAGGAACAAGCUGAAGAAGCAAGGUGAAUCUCCCCGUGAAGACUGUGUGUUUUCGUUAGCUUAUGGUGACAUCCCAGAAGAAUUAAUAGAUGUCUCAGAUUUUGAAUGUUCUCUCUGUAUGAGGUUGUUUUUUGAGCCAGUAACAACCCCUUGUGGACAUUCAUUCUGUAAGAAUUGUCUUGAGCGCUGUUUAGACCACACGCCAUAUUGUCCGCUCUGCAAAGAGAGCUUAAAAGAGUAUCUAGCGGACAGGCGGUACUGCGUCACACAGCUGUUGGAAGAGUUAAUAGUGAAGUAUCUUCCGGAUGAGCUGUCAGAGAGGAAGAAAAUCUAUGAUGAAGAAACGGCCGAGCUCUCACACUUGACCAAGAAUGUCCCAAUCUUUGUUUGCACUAUGGCCUAUCCCACUGUGCCUUGCCCUCUCCACGUAUUUGAGCCCAGAUACAGGCUCAUGAUUCGAAGAAGUAUACAGACUGGAACCAAGCAGUUCGGGAUGUGUGUCAGUGAUACACAAAACAGUUUUGCAGAUUACGGUUGUAUGUUACAAAUUCGAAAUGUGCAUUUCUUACCUGAUGGAAGGUCUGUGGUCGACACGGUUGGAGGAAAGCGGUUCCGAGUCUUAAAGAGAGGAAUGAAAGAUGGAUACUGCACCGCAGACAUUGAGUAUCUGGAAGAUGUUAAGAUUGAGAACGGAGAUGAAAUCCAGAGUCUGAGAGAGCUUCAUGACUUGGUGUACUCGCAAGCCUGUAGCUGGUUUCAGAAUUUAAGAGACAGAUUUCGAAGCCAAAUCCUUCAACACUUUGGAUCAAUGCCUGAGAGGGAGGAAAACCUCCAGGCGACCCCCAAUGGGCCUGCGUGGUGUUGGUGGCUGCUGGCAGUCCUUCCUGUAGACCCUCGGUAUCAGCUCUCCGUACUGUCAAUGAAGUCUCUGGAAGAGCGGCUAACAAAGAUACAGCAUAUCCUGACUUACUUCUCUAGAGACCAAUCUAAGUAACGAACUGCUUGGAUCUUCCUUAGCUUGCCCUUAGCCCCAAGGCUGAGAGCGGUUGGGUCUCAUUUUAACGUCACCCUAAUCUGGCUCCGUCGAUGGCCAGAUUGUCCGCUGCCUUUGCACACCCAGUGCUGGUGUAGAAAUUAAGGAAACUCUUUUUUUUCUCCAACCUCCUGAAUCUCGUGGAUCUGCAAAUGAAUACCUUCCACUGGGUCCUAGACCACUAAGAACUUGCACAGAAAACACACACUAAAUGUGUGUUAAACCUCUACGUUGUGAUGAAGUUGCACUAUGUACCCUACUCUAAUUGAACUAAGUACUCUGUGUGGAUGCUGCGUGCCUGUGUGCGUGUGCCUGUGUGAAUGCAAGUGUGUGUGCAUAUGUGUGUUUGUAUGGGUAGUGUGUGUGCUUUUACUCUGGCUUUAAAUUUUAAAAGACAAAAAAAAAGCCAUAGAGAGUGAACUUGCUGAGGGUCCUCUAUUGCCCACGUUUACAGCGGUAGUCCUAGGCGUUUUCGCAGAUCGAAUUUGCCUCAGAUUUCUUUGUCCUGAUGCUUCUAUUUGCACAAGUAUAUCAACAAUGGUACAGAGUAUCAUUCUUUGUUGUUGGAAAACCUGCUCUUGCUGAACUGUCUUGGCCAUUGACUCAGACACAGUUUCCUAUUUAUGUAAAUCCUUGUAUCCCCGCGGCCGCGGCCGGCAGGCAGGGAUGCUGUCUAGAGCCAGUCUCCAGGAACAGCUGCAGACCUGACAUGGUACUGUGCAUCCAUUCAUAAAACACUUAAAACUGUGAAAAUAUGGUUUACAUUACAAUGUACAUAAAGGUAGAUGGAGAACUCGGUUCACCCAGUUAGCUUGUACAUUCUAGGGGGCUUUUCACAUUAACUGCCCGCCUCUGUCAUUUAGAGUUUGACGUGAUAACUUGUAUUUAAGGAAUUAGAUAGCGUAUAAAUCCGUCGAGGAUCUGGGGGAGGAGGAGCUUAACGUAGAACUAAGCUUGUAAGGUUUGUUUUGUUUUUCCUCUGGUCUCGGUGCCAAUGUUAGUUAUGCCUUAUUCAUAUCCCAGUUAGAGUACCGUGCUGUGACAUGGUUAUAUCCAUGCUGCCCUACCUACCCUUUGGUAGUUAUUUGUUGCAGAUUUGUGACUGUCUCUAUUAUCUUUCUUUUAUGUAAGUAAUUUGUACAAGUUUCUUAAAAUUUUUGCUUUUGCUUAUUUAAUUUUGAAUAAAAGCUAAAUUCAUAAUA